GACACAUCUGGCACCUUGCAUACCUCCAUACCUCCACCACAGUGUCAGCUCUGUCACCCGAUAAAGUGACAGCCAACCCAACAACAUGCCCUGGGCAUUGCCGCUGCGAUGGUCACCAUGGGGCCAGCCCGGCAUGAAGGCCUUGGUCAUUGCCAGCGUGUUUGUAACCACCCUCUGGAACCUGAGGUUCUUCCUCAACCUCUCCAAGGGCUCUGGAGAAGGCUCUAAACCCAGGGAGCCAUUGGUAAUCCUGGUGUGGGAAUGGCCCUCCAAGCAGGUCCCCAGCAUCAGCAGAGAUGUGUGCCAAGAGCUGUACAGCAUCACAGGCUGCCAGCUCACCACAGAGAAGCAGCUCCUGCACCAGGCCAAUGUGGUGGUGUUCCCCCACUCCAGGCUCCAGCCUGGCCGGGACAAACUGCCCAAGGAGAAGCUGCCAGGGCAGAACUGGGUGUGGGUCUCCCUGGAGUCCCCCUCCAACACUAGAGCUCUAGCAGAAUGGAACCAGACCUUCAACUGGGUGAUGACCUACAGACAGGAUUCGGACAUCUUCAUCCCCUAUGGCAAGCUUGUGCCCAACCGGUCAGCCACUGUGAACAUCCCUGCAAAGACCAACUUGGUGUCCUGGGUAAUCAGCAACUACCACAGGACUCAGAAAAGAGCUGAAGUCUACAAAAACCUGUCCAGGUACCUCCAUGUGAAUGUAUAUGGGAAAGCAAAUAACAAGCCCCUCUGCAAGGAGUGCCUCUUGCCAACAGUAUCCAAGUCCAAGUUCUACCUGGCCUUUGAGAACUCCAUCCACAGGGACUACAUCACAGAGAAACUCUGGAGGAAUUCACUGCUGGCUGGCACGGUGCCUGUGGUGCUGGGGCCACCCAGGGCCAACUAUGAGCAGUUUGUUCCUGCAGACUCCUUCAUCCACGUCAACGACUUUGACUCCCUGGAGGAGCUAGCCACCUUCCUGAAGACCAUGAACUCCAGCCGCUACCAGCAGUUCUUUGCCUGGCAGAAGAGGUUCAGUGUGAAGCUCUACACUGACUGGAGGGAGCGGAUCUGUUCCAUCUGCGCAGCCUACCCCCUCCUGCCCCAUGGCCAUCUCUAUCCUGACCUGCAGAGCUGGUUCAACUCCUAGUGUGUGCCGGGACCCUUGGGAUGAAUGCAGUCAGGGGUGGGAGGUGCAUGAGGCACCCACCUGCACACAGGAUGCGGAGCAAGUACAGGAGUCCCCACUCUCCUCCCAAACCAGCUGUUGCCACAUUGCAACUUUAAGCAACACCCCAUUACUUCAUUUCUUGUGAAACAGGACUUACCACCCCGACCACACUGAACACCUUGCCAGGGUGCUGGCAGGACUAGGGGGUAUUUUGGAAAUAAGUGCCACAGUGCUGCUGAGACUGUACAUGUGGUGUGGGCAGGGCAGGGGUGUCAUGGGUGACUGAGGGCUCCCUAGCCUUCCCUUGUGACCCUCAAUGUCCCCCCCACACCUUCUGCUGAGUGUCAGUCCUGGCAGCAGAGGCUCUGUCGUGACAUUUGUGGCUGGGCUGCAGGAGUGGGGGUCAGCCUGGGGGGGUCCAUUACCCCAUGGUCAGGAAGGAAGGACAGAAUCUGCUCCCCCUCUUCCUGGCAGCAGCCAUAUCCUGUCCCCCACCCCUGAGCCAUGGGUAUCACUACCAGUGAGGAGCCGCAGGACAGCAGAUACUCUCAGAGCAAUCUCGGUGCUGCCAGGCAGGCGAAGGGACAGUGUAGUUUCUCACUCUGUCCCUGCUGUGACAGGAAGCCUACACAGUGAGCUUACACAGUGAGCUUACACAGUGAGCUCUGGAGGCUUGCACAACCCUGAAGCAAAACCAGUCCCUGUGUGCAACUUGCACGUGCAUAACAUUGCACUGGGGAAAACCCUGCACCAUGGGCACCCUGCACCACGGGCAUUCCAAGAGGAAGUAUGCAUCUGGGAUCAGUUGUGAUACUGGGGUUGAGUGACAGGACCGGGAGUAAGACAUGACUGCUCCAUCUGCACUGUUCUCC